CCCCUUUCCCCUCCUCUCCCUCUGGCCUCCUCGCUUUCCACCAUUUCGUCGAACACCUUCUCCGAUCGCGCGCCGCCGGCCCAUGGGGGAGGCCUCCGAGUAUGAUGGGGCGGCUGUCUCGGCGAGGCUGCUGGAGCUGGCGGCGGACGACGACGCGGGGGCGCUCGCGGACCUCCUAGCCGCGCACCCGUCCAUCGCCGACGACCCCGCGCCGUGGUACUCCCCGGCCCGGGGCGCGGAGCCCAUGACGGCGCUCAUGGUCGCCGCCGCGUACGGUUCCGUGGCCUGCCUCGACGUCCUCCUCUCGCCGCCCCACCUCGCCGACCCGAACCGCGCCACCGCGUCCUCCCUCUCCACCCCGCUCCACCUCGCCGCCGCGGGUGGCGCCCCGUCCGCGCCCGCCACAGUCAAUCGCCUCCUCGCCGCCGGCGCCGACCCCACCCUCCUCGACCAUCUCCACCGCCGGCCGUCGGACCUCGUCGCGCUGCCGCCCAACUCGCUGCCCCUCAAGAACCACAUCCUCUCCCUCCUCGGCGCCCGCAAGGAGUGGCCGCCGGACCCCUCGCUCCCGGACAUCAAGAACGGCGCCUACGCUUCCGACGACUUCCGCAUGUACUCCUUCAAGGUCCGCGCCUGCUCCAGGGCCUACUCCCACGACUGGACCGAGUGCCCCUUCGUCCACCCCGGCGAGAACGCGCGCCGGAGGGACCCCAGGAAGUACCACUACAGCUGCGUGCCCUGCCCGGAGUUCAAGAAGGGCGCCGGCUGCAGGAGAGGGGACAUGUGCGAGUACGCGCACGGGGUGUUCGAGAGCUGGCUCCACCCGGCGCAGUACCGGACGCGCCUCUGCAAGGACGGCGUCGCCUGCGCGCGCCGCGUCUGCUUCUUCGCCCACACGCCGGAGGAGCUCCGGCCGCUCUACGUCUCCACGGGCUCGGCCGUGCCGUCCCCGCGCGGCGUGAUGGAGAUGGCGGCCAUGGGGAUGGGGAUGUCCUCGCCGGGCUCCUCGUACACGCCGCCCCUGUCGCCGUCCGGCGGGGGGAGCGGCAUGUCGUGGCCGCAGCCUAACUUGCCGGCGCUGUGCCUGCCUGGCAGCGCCGGGAACCUGCACCUGAGCCGGCUGCGGACCUCGCUGAGCGCCAGGGCCAUGGCGGUCGACGAGCUUCUCGCUGCGGCGGACUACGACAACCAUGUUGGAUCGCCCUCUUCCGUCCGAUCGAUGAGGGGGAAGGCGCUUGUGCCGUCAAAUCUGGAUGAGCUCUUCUCGGGGGAGAUGGUGGCCUCCCACUCGCCGCGGUACGCCGACCAGGGCGGCUCUGCGUUCUCGCCGACACACAAAGCCGCCUUUCUGAACCAGUUUCAGCAGCAGCAGAGCUUGCUCUCGCCACGGGCUGCGGCCACCCCGGAGCCGGUCUCCCCAAUGAGCUCCCGGUUGCUCGCAGCACUGGCGCAGCGGGAGAAGAUGCAGCAACAUACACUGCGGAGCAUGAGCUCACGAGACCUGGGUUCCAGCGCCCCACUCCUCGCCGGCUCACCGGUGGUCGGCUCUAGCUGGUCCAAAUGGGGCCUGCCCUCUGGCACCCCUGAUUGGGGUGCCGACAACGAUGAGCUCGGCCGCCUCAAGAGGUCAUCGUCGUUCGAUCUCCGGUCUGGAGCCAACACCGAUGAGCCGGAUCUCUCAUGGGUUAAUACUUUGGUAAAGGAGCCCACGCCGGAGAAAUCAUCGAUCAAUGAAACUAUGGCAACAGAUUCUAUUGGCAUCUUGCGGCGAUCAGCAAACCACCGUGAGGGCACUGACUGUGAGGACAUUGGUUUCUUGGGCCAAUCGGCAAAUCACCGCAAGAGCAUUGACAGUGAGGACAUUCACAUCUUGGGUCGGUCAGCAAACCAUUGUGAAGGAAUUGAUGGCGAAGAGGACGCCGCUGCCGGUGUCAUUGGUGGCUGGCUCGAACAGCUCCAGCUUGAUGAGAUGGUGGUCUAGUCUGAACAAACACACGAAUGAAAGA